UAUCUCGUUAUCACAUUUGAUAAUUUCAGGUUAGCCCUAUGGGCGUUUAUAGAAAUACGGGCAUAGCCAGUGUGGUAGGAACUGACAUUGUCUCAAUUCCGCUAUCGUCCGUUUCACUAGAAAGAUGCAUUUCUUACUGAUUAACGUAUCAGACAAAGGGAUCCCUUUUCUCGGAGUUGAUCUUUGACCUGGGAUCGUUUUCCAGGUAGUAAUCGACAUUCCUCUUGCGUCGGGGCGUGAAAAUUGGGGAUAGAAAACACAGAAAUAGAGAAAUAAUAAGGCAAACGAACUCCGGUUCGCGUUUGUCCUUAAUAAGCUCACUCCAAAUACAAUAGAACCUCGCUCGUUACAGAUCAGGAUGAGAGAAUGCGUUGCUCCAUCGUGCAACGUGAAAAGGGUUGCCCACAAGUGAUAGUUCGGGCACCAGAGCGGUCUCGGUCAAUGUCACGGGCAAUGGUAUGUUCGAACAAUGCUUUGUAAGACGAUGCUACGGCUAUGAACCAUAAUCUCUGACUAACUACAAAGAAAGAUACAAUGGUCAAUAUAGUCCCUUCCAGUUUAUUGCGUUUCAGUCGGUCCUAGCACCACGUGGAAUUAAUCGCAUUUCUUUCUGCUUAAUGUUGCAUGGGAGUUUCAAACAUUCGCAUUCUUGGGGAGAAAUGUCCAGUUAAUUCAUUUCUCAAUGGGCGCUGCUGACUUCAUUCCUUUGUCAGUCCAUGCUGUUAAAGACAAACAAUCGAUGAUAGCCUCUCUCCCUCGGUGUUAUGAGCGAUAUUUUCACCAGAGGCAGAACUGUGAUACAUUUACCUCUCUCCCAUCGUCCAGCUGGCGGGAAUUGCUCCGAAAUAGCCUCCUGGGAUGAUUUCUCUUCACACCCCAUACCAUUUCCCUGGGUAGUUAUCAAGAUUUGAGAUUGUGUUAUUAUGAAUAACAUUGCUACAUUAAUUCAAAGACGUGAUGAACAAUUCUAGACAGUGUAUAAUAUUUUAAAGAGGAAGAGAUUUAAAGCAAAGCUGGGCAUGAAAUGGAGUUCGGGAUAUUUUGGUUCCCAGAUAGUAUUCUCACAAAGGGUUGGCCAUUCAGCACCAAGAUAAGAAUGACUUCCUUCACCCGGAGAGAAGGGAAUCUUUGGAACUUUGCAUCCAAAAAGGCAGUGGAGGCCCUGCCACAGAGUAUAUUUAGGACAAAUAAAUUCUAUAAGCACAUCAAGAGGUGAAAGAUCAGUCAUGAUCCUGCCUGGUAACAGAAUAAGUGAAUAAUCUACUCCUGCUUUAGUAUCAAGUACUUAAUUGAAUCAUUACAUUAAUUAAUCAAAUUACUAAUCAUUUUCCUAAUGGGCUAUGGCAUUUUAAACAUGGAUUAGUGUGCACAAACUUAUUCCAAUUAGAGUCUAUGAGUAAUAUUUAUGCUUUGUUCUAAAAAAAAGUGGUUCUGCAUACAGUGUAAAUGUAAAAGAGUGCAUCUUCCACAUGCCUUUAUAUUCUUAUAGGGUUGGGACAUAUAUUUCAAGAUCAAGUUGGCCCCUCGCUUCCUGUGAUAUACAAUCCUGCUUCCGCCAAAAAACUCAAAUUUAUUGCAGUUUUCCUUUCCAGUGUUCUGCUCAAAGUCUAAUGAAGAAGACAGUGCAAUGAUAGCUACAGGGGGUGUAAUAACGGGGCUGGCAGCUCUGAAGAGACAGGACUCCGCCAGAUCGCAGCAUCCUCACCUUCCUCCUGCGACUUCUGCUCCAGAGAAGAGGAGAGUCAAGCGCAAGCCCAAAGCUGAUGUUGUUGUUGUCAGAGGCAAAAUUAGACUCUAUUCCCCAUCGGGGUUUUUCCUUUUCCUUGGAAUUUUAAUUUUGAUGGUUGGGAUCGCAAUGGCAGUUCUUGGUUAUUGGCCACAGGAGGUAGAUAAGAAACAUCCUGUGACUUCCAAAUCUGGAGUGCUUAGUAAUGGGUCUCACGUAAUAUCAGACCAUGCUGGAGUAUUAGUGGAAUUUUUUGAGCAGCACUUACACUCUGACAAAAUGAAAAUGAUUGGCCCUUUCACCAUGGGGAUAGGGAUUUUCAUAUUUAUUUGUGCUAAUGCCAUACUGCAUGAAAAUAGGGACAAAGAAACAAAAGUAAUACACAUGCAAGAUAUUUAUUCUACUGUCAUUGAUAUCCAUAGCCAAAGAAUUAAAGACCAAAGACAUAUGAAUGGUACUUGGAUUGGCCAUGCUGGGGAUUCCGAUAUUAAAUGUUAUGACAACCAGUGUACUGCUAAACUAGCUGCAAAUGUAUUGCUCUCGUUGUCUGGAUCAUCUAAUGAAAGAAUUGUUGCAAUGAAAUGGAACUCUUGUGAUGAAGAGGAUGGACCACCCAAGGAAUUUACUACACUUUUACAUCCCAAAACCCCAUCAGCAUCAAGCUCCAUGUAUCGGCUACAGUCUGAAACUCAGAGAGAGAAAAAUAGCAAUUCGAAGAAGUGUGAGACCAAAUCUAUUGUUUCGUCAUCUAUCAAUGCGUUCACACUCCCUGUUAUUAAACUCAACAACUGUGUGAUCGAUGAACCUGAACUUGACGAUAUCACAGAGGAUUCUGAGCUGAGUAAAGGAAGGGUGAAACAUUCCUCCAUGGCUUCCUUAACGGUACCGUCAACUGAUACCAGUGACUCUUAUAAACCACCUAAUCCACGCCUGUUAAGAAGCAACACCACUGCAACAGGUGGAAACCCACCCAAUUCACCUUCUGAGACAGCCACGGGGAUAUUUCUAUCGCCAGGCCUUCCCAGGAAAGAGUCUGGAUCAAACACUUCCCUCCACAUGCUGUCCUGUCACUCCAAGUCCUUGGACUUGGAGAGAGGCCCCUUGACACUUUCAGUUCAGACCGAGCAAAGAAAGCACCCAAGCUGGCCGAGGCUUGACCGUAGUAACAGCAAAGGUUACGUGAAACUGGAAAAUAAAGAGGAUCCUAUGGACACAUUACCUGUGCCACAGACCUCUGCAAAGGGUGGCUAUACAAAUAAAGAGAAAUUACUAAUGAUCUCAAGAUCUCAUAAUAAUCUAAGUUUUGAAAACAAUGAAUUUUUAGAUAACAAGUUAAGACAUGGAGCUUCAGAAACAAGGUUUUGAAGGAGUAUUGAUUUCUACCAAGUGUUUAUAUUUUAAGCUAAUUUAAGAAAUGGAUUUGCGAGAAGUGCAUGUCUAUUUUAAAGAGAGCUUAUUUUCAGUACAAAUAAGGAAUAUUUGUAAUGGUGAUCUGAACUGGCACCUUAAGUCAGUUUUUUUCCCAUGUUGGUCAGGAGCAUUGUUGACAUAUUUUAUGCUGUGUUUGUUAGUUCUGCAGAAACCAACUGCUCAGGUAUUGAUGGAAUACAAAUCUUAGUCCAGUCUGACAAUAACACAGAACAAGAUUUACCUUCAGUUUAUCCUCCAUCCGUGAUGGAUAGGCAAAACUUACCUUUGAAGUUCAAGUGGUGUUAAAUCUACAGUAAGUAUUAUUCUAAUGAAGAUGUAUGAACAUUGAUUGAAUGAUAGAUUGGGAUGCAGGCAUUUGUAUUUCCAGUACAGAAUUUGAGCCUGUACAUUUCAUGGCAAUUACCAAUAUUUUACUAUAACCCCAUAUUAAUGCCUGCAACAUACAUUUUGUUAUUUUUAAAAUAAAAAUAAAAUGUGUAUAUUAUAUGAAUUUUCUGUGUUUCUAUUUUAUCAAUCAUUGAUCAUGUGGACAUGAUGGUAACAAUUUCUGCAGUGAAAUCACCGGCAAGAACUGAACCGGCCAAGAAUGGAAAGUUAGGAGAUGUGAAGGUUGCCUAUUGUUUCUGUUAUGUUUUAUAACUUGAAAACAUUAAAGUAAUUCAAAGGAAGAUGCAGGGAGUCCAAAAAUGCGAGAGUAACUUUGUGUUUACUUUAAGUGAGGCACAGACUUAUCACAUAUGGCAGCAUGAUGCCAUACGAAUACAAUUUGUUUUACUCAGUUCCUGGCAUAAUAAAGAAACCAUUCGUUUUCAAAGUUCAAAGUAAGUUUAUUAUCAAAGUACAUAUAUGUCGCCAUAAACAACCCUGGGAUUCAUUUUCUUGCAGGCAUUCUCAAUAAAUCCAUAAUAGAAUAAUAACUAUAAUGGAAUCAAUGAAAGGCUACACCAACUGGGGUAGUCAACCGGUGUGCAAAAGAUAACAAACUGUGCAAUACAAAAAGAAAGAAAUAAUAGUAAUAAAUAAAUAAGCAAUAAAUAUUGAGAACAAGAGGUGAAGAGUCCUGAAAGUAAUAAAUAAAUAAAUAAAUAAAUAAAUAAAUAAAUAAAUAAAUAUAUUGAGAACAUGAGAUGAAGAGUCCUUCAAAGUAAUUUGACUUUUAAAGUAAUUGCCCUACUUACCUAUUACAAAACUCAGCUGUUUAAAAUAAACUCCGCUGUUAAUUUAUUUUUUCUCCUAUUCCUUUGCAAGAAUGCACUGAUGCUGUACCACUAACAGAACAAAAUGUGAUCUGAUACAGAAGGUAUUAUUCAUGCCAGAUCACUAGUAUCUUCAAUUGUAUGUACACAGCUGGGCAGUUAUUUGACAAUGAUGGCGAAGACAUGCUUUCAUAAACCUGUGUUGAACAGGAUGGCAGUUGCAAUUGCAGACAACACCAUUGCAAUCAGGGUAAACAUUGCCUUAUCCAAAUUUCAAAGUUCAAAGUAACUUUAGUAUCUAAGUACUUACAACAUAUAUCAUCUAACCCUGAGAUUUAUUUUCCUGCAGGUAUACUCAGCAAGUCUAUAGAAUAGUAUCUACAAUAGGAUUAAUGAAAGACCAACCAGAACGCAGAAGACAACAGACUGUACAAAUGAAAUAUAAAUAAAUAGUAAUAAAUAACAAGAGCUUGAGAUAAAGAGUCCUUAAAAUGAGAUCAUUGGUUGUGGGAAUAUCUCAAUGAAUGGGCAAGUGAGUGUAAUUUUUGCUCAAGAGACUGAUGGUCGAGGGGUAGCAACUGUUUUUGAACCUGGUGGUGUGAGCGUUAGCUAGUUUCAAGAAUAUCUACAUUGUCAGUCAAUUUUCUACCAAGUGAUGCAUCAACCAAGUAACUGAUGCAUUGCUGGGAAGAUUCGGCAUCUCCAUCUGCAAUACCAUAGCAUCAAACUUCCUAAAUUACUAUGGGUUGGCUGAUGUGAACAAAGCCAUUUGUUUAAUUAAUUGUUGUCUAUAAUCUGGGAUCACCAGUUACUCCAAUCACUGAUGCUCUCAAACGCACUAUGCAUGGCUGUCUCCUUUAAAGAUUAAAAUCCAAAAUUAAAAUAUUGGAAAUCUAAAAUAAAAACAGAGAAUUGCACAUCUGUGGAAUAAAGAAACAGAGCUAGUGGUUCAGCUCAAUAACUUUGUCGAUGUUAAUCCUUAUUUUCUCUCCACAGUUGCUGUCAGAAUCAAGUUUUUAUUCCCUUUGUGGGUUAAAUAGUUGUGCAUUGCUGGAGGGCCAGAGGAAUGCAGUGGAAUAUUGGCAUGUUCAAGGUCACUCCCUGGAUGUCCUUGCAGGUCUGCAAUAAUAAGUAUAUCAAAAUGCUUAGCUGUAGAGUUUCAAACUGAACAUCACUUGAGAAUGUUUAGAGGCUUAUUGUGAUCUGAGAAUAAGGAGAAAAGAAAUGAUGACAGCAUUCAGCAAGUUAUCAGGAUUUCAAUGGAAAAUACUCCAUUUUUCUAAUGCUAGCUAGUGUUUAUGCUGCAACUUAGACUCCUCCCAUCCCUUUCAACUGUCUCGUCAACACAAUUUGUUUGUUUCUUUGUAUUUUAACUAGUAAAAUUAAAAUUAGAAUAUGGAACUCAAUCUGAUGGCCAUGGUUAUUUCUCUUGAAAUCUCUAUUGGAUUUCAGUAAAUAUAUAACCUUAAAUUUAUAACCGAGUCUGAGAUUCAUUUUUGUGUGGGCAUUCACAGGAACACUACAGAAUCAAUGAAAGUCCACACCCAACAGGACAGACAACAAAAUAUGAAGAGAGAGGGGAAAAAACACAAAAUAAUGUUAAUACUGUGCAAAAGCAUGAGAGAGGAGUUUGCCCAGGUGGAUUGGAGGAGGAUACUGGUGGGGAUAACGGCAAAGCAGAGAUGGCUGAAAUUUCUGGGAAUAGUUCACAGGGUGCAGGAUAGGUAUGUCUCACAGAGGAAGAAGUUCUCAAAUGGCAGGGGUAGGCAACCGUGGCUGACAAAGGAAGUUAAGGACUCCAUAAAGGCCAAAGGAAGGGUAUAAAAGUUAGCAAAAGUGAGUGGGAAGUUGGAAGUUUGGAAAGCUUUUAAAAUCCAACAAAAGGCAACUAAAAAAGCUAUAAAGAAGGAAAAGAUUAAAUACGAGGGCAGAGUAGCUAAUGAUAUAAAGCAGGAUAUCAAAAGCUUUUUCAGUUAUUUAAAGAGUAAAAGGGAGGUGAGAGUUGAUAUUGGACCAUUGGAAAAUCAUGCUGGUGAGGUAGUAAUGGGGGACAAAGAAAUGGCAGAUGAAGAAUAGGUGUUUUUCAUCUGCCUUCACUGAGGAGGCACUAGCAGUGUGCCAGAGGUCUGUGAGUGUCAGGAAGCAGGCCUGAGUGCCAUUGCUACUACCAAAGAAAAAGUGCUAGGAAAACUGAAAGGUCUUAAGAUGGGUAAGUCACCUGGACUAGAUGGAUUAUGUCUCAGAGUCCUGAGAGAGGUUGCUGAACAUGGAUACAAUGGUCAUAAUCUUUCAUGAAUCACAUGAUUCUGGCACGGUCCUGGAGGACUGGAAGAUCGCAAAUGCAACUCCACUCUUUAAGAAGAGAGAAAGGCAAAUAAAGGAAAUUAUAGUCCAGUUAGCCGAACCUCAGUGGUUGGGAAAGUGUUGGAGUCUAUUAUUAAGCAAGAGGUUUUGAGGUACUUGGAGCCUAAUGAUAAAAGAAGUCAAAGUCAGCAUGGUUUCUGUAAAGGGAAAUCUUGCCUGACAAAUCUGUUAGAGUUCUUCAAGGAAAUAACAGGCAGGGUGGACAAAGGAGAGGCAAUGGAUGUCAUUUUUUUGGAUUUUCAGAAGGCAUUUGAUAAAGUGCCACACAUGAGGCUGCUUAACAAGAUAAAAUCGUAACAAAUGAGGAGCGCUUGGUAUACUUGGCCCUGAACUCACUGGAAUUUAGCAGAAUGUGUGGGGAUCUAAUUGAAACCUACCAAAUAUUGAAAGGACUAGAUAGGGUGGAUGUGAAGAGGAUGUUUCCCAUGGUGGGGGUAUCCAGAACUAGAGGGCACAACCUCAAAAUUGAGGGGCAAUCUUUUAGAACAGAGGUAAGAAGGGAUCUUUUUAUAGCCAGAGCGUAUCGAAACUGAGGAGAGCUCUGCCACAGACUGCAGUGAAGGCCGAAUCUGUGGGUAUAUUUAAGGCGGAAGUUGAUCGUGUCCUGAUUGGUCAGGACAUCAAAGGAUAUGGCAAGAUGGCAGGUGUAUGGGAUUGAGUGGGAUCCACGAUAAGCCAUGAUGGAAUGGUGGAGCAGACUCGAUGGGCUGAAUGGCAUAAUUCUGCUCCUAUGCCUAGUGGUCUCGUGUUGUUGGGGCAUACUCUGGAAUUAAGCUGUAUAGCAAUAUAUUAACUUUAGCAACUAACUUCAGCCCACAAUCUGAACAUGGACUGUAGAUUAAAUUUUUAAAAAUGUAGCUCCGGACAACAGGUUCCUAGAGUGGUGAACAGCAGUUAACUGAAAAACCAGACAAUGCUGAUUACAUCCAUUUUGGAUGUCUGGACUGUGACUACAAAGAAGAAGGUAUGGAAGUUACAUCUUAUUCAAAGGAAGCAUUGUAGACACAUUGUAAACUAUAGAAUUGUCCUUUGAUCUUUAGCAUAUAAAAUGUCACAGAAUAUCGUGUUGAUCAGGCCUCUUCCUUCUGAGAGUGUCUCAUUUUUGCUCAAUAAAAGAUUACUUCAUAUUGUCCACAUUACAGCACAUAUAUAUAGCUGAGGUGCCUAAGACUUCAGCACAGUAAUGUAUAUUGGUUAAAGUGGAAUCAAUUGCUAAAAAUCGGUAGUUUCAUAGUGACAGUAAAUAGCAUUAGUGAUUUAUUCAAUGUAUUAAACUAACUGAAUUUUAAUCCUCUAGUUUGAAUUAAAACUUAUGCUUCAACUUGUCUAACCAGUACACGUUCAGACAUUAACACUGAACCUCACUAUAACUACAAGUAAGCAAUAUGGGAAAUUCUAAAACAGACUUAUUAAUAGAUAUUUCAAACGUGCUCCAGAUGACACUCGCUCAGGGAUUAGGGCAGCUUCAUGCGGAGGUCAAAGCAAUGAAGAAAUACUGGGCCCUUUCAGAACUCUACCAUAUUUCCAGAAUCCAUGAAUUUUUUAGGUUUAAAUGUUGAAAGAUGAGCUGAAAGUACAGGUUGUCUUACUUGCUUGUCAUCAAAUUCCUGUCCACCGGGACGUUUUAGUACCAUGCUAAGCCUGAAAUGUGACUAAUUUGAAUUAUUGAACACCUGUCUGAUAUUUCUCCUUCCAAUCAACUGGGGUGGAUUAAAUCAGCAAAUAAAGAAUGUAUUGAGACCCAAGAGACUGAAGAUACUGCAGUCUGGAGCCACAAGCAAUCUGCUGUAGUAAGUCAGACAGUCAGGAAUCAUCUGGUGAGGCUAAGAAAUUGUCAAUUUUUGGGUCAUCCAGGACAUAUUGAGCAUAACGCAUUGUACAUUGACUGCAACAUAAUACUACUUUGAAAUACUUGGCUCUUUCUUAAAGUUGCUUUUAAAUUGACUUAGUUGAUCAAGUGUUUUCAGAAUUUAGUGGCUCUGAACAAAAGCUCGUCUAAAAUAUAUGCUUGCGUAAUGCAGAUCUAAGGAGACGAAAAGACAUCAUGUUCUGAAGACAUCAUGAGCACCAAGAACCUUUCACACAGUACGUGCUGGCUUUCAUGCACAACAAUCGAUAUUCAUACAGAACACUUAAAAUCUGAACACGCCUUUAUAAACUUGAUGAGAGAUGGCCGAAGAAAGCUGAACAGAUAGGUCAAAGACAAAAAGAUGUUAAGGUGGGAGAGAUGAGGGGUAACUUGUUCAGAACAUCAAUUCAGGGUAUUGAAAAGAGAGGAAAAGGUGAAGAUUACCUUUAUUUGUCACAUGUACAUCAAAAGAUCAGCACAAUCUGAGGAUGUGCUGGGGUCGCCCGUAAGUGUCGCAUCGCAUCUGGAGCCAACAUAGCAUGCCCACAACUUACUAAGCCUAACCCGUACAUCUUUGGAAUGUGGGAGGAAACCGGAGCACUCACAGGACCCAAGCAAUAACAGGGAGAACACACAAACUGUUUACAGACAGCAUCAGGAAUUAAUUGAACACCAACCUUCAGCGCUAUAAAGCACUAUGCUAAUUGCUAUGAAGCGUCCAGGAAACAAGGUUAAGUUCAGGAGGAUAAGUGCUUUUGCUUAAAACAAACAGGACAGAAACACACAAAUUGUGCCCUCUUUGGAAAGCAAAAAGGUUUGUGAGUGCCUUAAGAGUAGCUGGAGUACUGAGGAAUUGUAACUAACAAAUGGGAACUUUGAUUUAAUACUGUGAGAGACCUGGGUUAAGCGAAGAAUUAACAGCCACAUCACUUCUCCUUGUCAGUGGAAGGAGUGACACAUUCGUGGCUUGGUUUCAGUCUGCAGAACACUCUGUCUUGAUAACAUACUCCCUGUGAAGCAAUCAUUACAAUUAGUAGUUUCCUCUUUCUCCAAGUGUUACAUCCCAUUGGAGUUCAUCAAGGCAUAACGUUCAGUUUUAUCAUGAGUCUGCUUCUGAAGUCUGUCUUUUGUAGAAAAGCUCAAAACAGGUAAGUUGCAGUUAGGAUCAGAAUCAGGUUUCAUAUCACCAGUAUAUGUUGUGAAAUAUGUUGUCUUUGUGGCAGGAGUACAAUGCAAAACAUAAUAAUAGAAAAAUCAUGUAUCACAAUAAAUAUAUACUGUUUGUUUAUAGUGAUCAUGGGGUUCAAUGACCACUCAGAAAUGAGACGACAGAAGGGAAGAAGCUGUUCCUGAUUCAUUAAAUAUAUGUCUUCAGGUUUCUGUACCUCCUUCCUGAUGGUAGCAAUGAGAACAAGGCAUGACCUGGGUAAUGGGCAUCCUUAAUGAUGGAUGCCUCCUUUUUGAGGCUUUGGUCCUUGAAGAUGCCCUGGAUACUGUGGAGGUUAGUGUCCACGAUGGAGCUGACUGAGCUUACAACUCUCUGCAGCUUCUUUCGAUCCUGUGCCCUCCCUCCUCCCUCCCCAUACCAGGCUCUGAUGAGGCAGGUAGAAUGCUGUCCACAGUACCUCUGUAGAAAUGUGCAAAUGUCUUUAGUGACAGGGUGGUGACUCUGUGGAAUUCUUUGCCACAGGCAGCUGUGGAGGCCAGGUUUUUAUGUAUGUUUAAGGCAGAGGUUGAUAGAUUCUUGGUUGGUCAGGGCAUGAAGGGAUACGGGGAGAAGGCAGGAGAUUGGGGCUGAGAGGAAAAUUAGAUCAGCCAUGAUGAAAUGGUGGAGCAGACUCAAUGGGACAAAUAGCCUAUUUCUGCUCCUAUAUCUUAUGGUCUUAUGGUCUAUACCAAAUCUUCUCAAUCUGCUAAUAAGAUAUAACCAGUACCAUUUAUAAAGCAAAAAACAUUGACAGUGUUAUUGCAGAUGGCUUAGUUUCCCAUUAUUUAGGAUAGUAAUUUUGAAUGCGUUUCUGCCAGUAUUGAUUUCCGUUCUAGUGCUAUCGCUCAG